UUACACAAGCAAAGAAAGAAACCAAAUAUUAAACCCAUUCUUUCCACCAUUCAUGCAAGAUGCAACCCUUACACUUACAUAUGCACCACGAAACAGAGGCCAACUUACCUCCAUCACUUCAUCCUAGAUCCUAAUUCAAACUUAAAUAAAAAAACAAUAUGAAGUUGGAAAAUAAAGAACCCUUACCAUACAACGGUAGAGAAUCAAGACAGGUGGGCACUCUCAUAAUUGAAGCCUUCUUUGGUGGAAAGUAAUUGUAGGCUCCACAACCCUUGUCGUCGUUCCUAUUGUUUGUUCUUUGCCGAUAAGGGUCGGCGGUUUGCGAGAGGAAGAUGAAGAGAGUGGAAUGGGACGUAUUUUGGGAGAAGGGUUUUAAGAUGGUUUCUUUUUUCCUUUUUUGCGUAUAGAUAGGGAAAAUAAUUAGAUGACUCAACCGUCUAGGUGGCGAGUUGUUUGCUGAUUUGGCGUCUUUUUUUUUCUCUCUGUUAGUUUAACGGACGGAAAACAAAAAAUGCACAUUUAGUGAACUUACAUGGUAUCAGGUGCACUAAAUUUAGUUUAGUGGUAUCCUUCCCCCAAUUGUCAAAGUUUAGUGGCAUGGGAUGUAUUUCUCCCUAUUUACUAACAAUAGUUCUAAAUAAUAAAUAAUACAGAGAGCUUUCUGCGCCCCAAAUCCAAACCCUGAGUGCCUAAUCUGCAAUCAAUCGCCUCCCAGAAACCACCGGAGCGCUGCAAAGUUUUCUCUUCUUCCUCUGAUCUGAUGUCCGUCUUCAAUUUGUCCCAACUCUGCCUCUCUUGUUCGGUUAUGGCGGAAUGUGGGUUUAUUGGGAGUUCUACACCUGUCGAAUCCCAAACCACCAUCGACGGCGCUGAUUCUUCCCCCAGGCUGUUUAUUGGCAGACAAAGCCGGCGUACCAAUCAAACAGAGAACCCAAGGUUUAAGGGUUCUCGAUUCCAGCUUGGGCCCAAGACUACGCAUAGUGGCGGGGAAAUCUUGACCAGAACUGUCAGGUAUUCAUUUUACGCAUUUGCCUUCUUUUGCAUAGAUUCAGAACUUAACCGAUUCCCUGAUGAUGGAUGAGUAGAAUAUGUAUCCAGUUCCGUCGUCUAGCAUAGAACUCGUCGCCUUGUGGAUUAUACAAUUGUCCUUACCCAGAAGAUUGGAACAAACUUAGGAUCGCAGUAUGGUAAACAAAGAAGAUUAUAGAAAAUCAAAGCAUCGGCAAGUUGUGGUACUACAGACAAGGACUACUUACGUGAAAACAAGCUUUCCCUAGCUGCUUGUUUCGAGCCCCACUUACUCAAAACUCUUGCACUCAACUGUAGUUGGCAGCUUCUAUAUUUGGCCUAUACUUGUAUGUUUGCUGGUGCUGAUGAUGUUGUGUUAACAAAUCAAAGAAAACUAGAUUGGAGAACAAUAAAGAUGGGAGAUUUAUCUGAGACUGUAAUUGCUCAAUCCAAGAUUCAUGAUUUAAAUAAUGGUGUUGAUGUUGUUCGAGUGGGUAAUGUUUGCAGAUAUAUCAACUCGUAAAGUUUCUUGUUCUUGGGGUAGCCGGUCAUGGCCGCUGAUAAAAAUGUGUUAUGUUUUUCUUUUUUUUUUUUCUGUUUUGCAGGAGAAGUAAAAGAAGAGGAAGUAUUGGUUAAUGACCAUCCGAUCGAGGAAGUGAGGCUGACAGUUCCAAUCACCGACGAUCCAACCUUACCGGUGUUGACAUUCCAAACAUGGGUUCUGGGGCUGGCUUCAUGUGUGUUUCUGUCCGUGUUGAACCAGUUCUUUAGUUUCCGCUACAAUGGUCUCUGGGUUGGAGCGACUGCAGCCCAGAUUCUGGUGCUGCCACUUGGAAAGUUGAUGGCUGCUUUCCUUCCAAGAACAAGGUUCAGGGUGCCUUUCACAAACUGGUCGUUUUCACUGAAUCCGGGGCCGUUCAAUCUCAAGGAACAUGUGUUGAUCACCGUAUUCGCCAGCUGUGGAGCUGAUGGAACUUAUGCCCUCUCUAUCAUUGUUGCUAUUAGGGCCUUCUACCACAGAGGCAUCCAUAUUGUUGCAGCACUGUUGUUGGUUCAAACCACUCAGCUGCUUGGAUAUGGAUGGGCUGGAAUCUUCAGGAGAAUUUUGGUGGAUUCACCUUAUAUGUGGUGGCCUGGAAAUAUGCCCCAAGUCUCACUUUUCAGGGCCUUGCAUGAAAAGGAGAAGAGGCCAUCAGGGGAGCAAACGAGGCUGCAAUUUUCACCCUUGCUUGUGUAUCAAGCUUUGCUUACUACAUAGUUCCUGGCUACUUAUUCCCUUCCAUAUCAGCACUUUCAUUUGUUUGUUGGAUAUGGAAGGACUCGAUCACAGCUCAACAGCUCGGUUCAGGGCUGAAUGGGCUUGGAAUUGGCUCGUUUGGGUUGGAUUGGUCCACUGUUGCCGGGUUCGUGGGAAGUCCUCUAGCCACCCCAUUGUUUGCCAUUCUCAAUACCAUGGCUGGAUUCUUCAUUUUCGUUUAUGUCAUUUUGCCUAUUGCUUACUGGAACAAUGCAUACGAAGCGAGGAGGUUCCCCAUGCUUUCACAAGAGACUUCUGACAGUUCUGGUCAAACUUACAACAUCACGAGGAUUCUUAACGAAAAAGAAUUUGACAUCAAUCUCGGUGAAUAUGAAAGAUACAGCAAACUCUAUCUCAGCUUCACUUUUGCUUUCAACUUUGGAAUCAGUUUUGCAGCUCUAAUGGCGACUUUCACACAUGUGGCACUUUUCGACGGAAAGUAAUUAAGCACCUAUCUAACUUAAACUCUUAACUUCAUUUUUUCUUGAACUGAAAAAUUACCCUUGUACUUUUAGCACUAUUAUGAUGUUAUUGUUUGAAAUGAUUGGCUCGCAGAUCAAUUUGGGAGCAGUGGCAAACCACUUCAAUUGGAAUGAGUGAGAAUUUCACCGACAUUCAUACAAGAAAUAUGAAAAAGAACUAUGAAGCUGUUCCUCAAUGGUGGUUCUUGGUGAUAAUGGUUAUAUCUCUGUCCCUCUCUUUCGUAACAAUCGAAGGGUUUGGCAAACAAUUGCAGCUUCCAUGGUGGGGCCUCAUUAUGGCAUGUAGCAUCGCCUUAGUAGCCACUUUGCCCAUAGGGGAUACUUGUGGCCACAACAAACCAGGUUCGGCAACAAAAAUGAUGUUAUUUUCUCGUUGUCCAUUCUGACUAGCGAUCAAUGUGAGCCUCAGUUACUUUUGUUCUCUACUUUUGUAGGGAGUUGGGUUAGACGUACUGACGUCGUUAAUCCUUGGAUAUUUAUACCCUGGAAGGCCUCUUGCUAAUGUGACCUUCCAGACCUAUGGCACUAUUAGCUUGGGACAUGCUCGGAAUUUUCUACAGGACUUCAAACUAGGACAUUAUAUGAAAAUUCCUCCUAAAUCCAUGUUCUUCAUUCAGGUAACAGAAAUAGCUUGCUUAAUAUGUGCCCCAUGAUUUUACCUAGAGUGAAAUAGUAAUCGUUAUGGGUGCUUUUUCUCUGUCAAAUUAAUUACAGUUAAUAGGUACCAUUGUUACCACUACAGUUCAAUUUGCAACAACAUGGUGGAUUCUGUCGAGCAUUAAGAGCAUAUGUGAUCCAAAGAAGCUACCAGUGGGAAGUCCGUGGACAUGUCCUGGAUAUGAUGUCUUCUACAGCUCUUCGAUCAUCUGGGGAGUGGUUGGCCCACUCAGGAUUUUCAACGAUCGUGGAGUGUCUACCCUCAAAUGAACUGGUUCUUCCUACUUGGAACGCUUGCUCCAGUUCCUAUAUGGCUGCUGUCACGUAAGUACCAUGAGAAGAAGUGGAUUAGGCAAAUCUACAUGCCGGUUUUCAUUUCGAGUAUGGGGGGGUUACUGCCUGCAAAGCCAAUUCACUACUUGUCAUGGGGGUGCUGUUGGAGUUUUCUUCAACUACUACAUAUUUAGGAAGCACAAAGGAUGGUGGGCUAGGCACACUUACAUUCUGUCAGCGGCUCUUGAUGUCGGGAUUGCGUUGUUGGGUUUGUUGCUGUACGUUGCCCUUCAGAGCAGAGAAAUUUUUGGGCUGCAAUGGUGGGGUUUAGAAGCAGAUGAUCAUUGUCCAUUAGCGAAAUGUCCAACGGUUCCGGGUAUUGAGGUUCAAGGAUGCCCUAAGAUUCACUGAUAAAUUCUCAGAUAUAGA